AGCGACAGUGUACGUUUAGUUUAGAUAUUCAUUAAUGGAGCAUCCUCUCAUGACUUCAAUUUGCUUAAUCACUUACUUCAUGUUGGGAAUAAACUGUGGACUCACAAAGAUUCCUUCUUUUCUGCAGUCACAUGAUGCCAGAGAGAGAAUGACUCUAAUAAAUACUCUGAGCUUCACAGUCCAUCUCGGAUUCAGCACAACUUUAAGAGCAAAAUGAAGGCCUUUCUGGUUGUUUUGGCCCUGUUCAUGCCCAUCAUAAAUGCCCAGGUUCCUCACUGGGGGCCGUGCCCAGAACCUGCUACUCAACCUGCCUUUAACCUAAAGAAGUUUAUGGGCAGGUGGUUUGAGAUCGCUAAACUUCCAGCCCAGUUUGAGCGAGGGAGAUGCAUCGAGACUAACUUUACUCUCAAACUGGAUGGAACGGCUCAUGUAGUGAGCUCUGAAAUUCUAAAAGGAGAACUAAGAACAAUUGAUGGGACAUGUGUGGUGGAAGACAAAAAAAAUCCAGCAAAGCUUGGAAUCAGUUUCUCAUAUGUUUUGCCCUACACUCCAUACUGGAUUUUGUCCACUGACUAUGAGAACUCAGCGCUGGUAUAUUCAUGCACUGAUGUCUUGAGACUCUUCCACGUAGACUUCGCUUGGAUUCUGGGCCGCUCCCGAUCCCUGCCUGCUGCCACCGUCGACCAUGGAAAAGAGGUUUUUACCAAUAACAACAUCGAUGUGAGUCGGAUGAUCUUAAGCAGACAGCAGGGAUGUGACAAAGACCUCUGAAUGACUGUCUUCCUGGAAAAUCCAGUGUUGUGAUAUUUUGUUGAACAACCUGCAGACUACAAAAGUAGUAUACUAUUCCUUUUAAUCACUGCUUGGAUUAUGAAAGUGUUUAAUUUAACAACACUCCCCCCCAAGUUUCUGCAAACCAGUAAUGUAAUUCAUCUGUUUUGGGAGUUACUGUACAGAAUUGAAAACACAAGUUUUCCAAUUGAUCAAAAUAAAUCAGAGCACUAACCAAAA